GGUAAGGCGCAGGACGGUGAGCUCGUUGCUAUAGAAGCAACAGGGCAGCAUCGCCGCUCUGUGACGAUCCAGAUUUCUGUUCCAGAUAGGGAAUCAGUGCGUUUAGACCGUGAAAGUGAUUCGGAACUGAAGGGUAGAAACAAUAUUUUUAACCUCUCUAGAAGAAACUUUAGCAACCAACAUGCUAGAAUACGUCAUCGUACCAAAAUCCCGAUUUUCCGACGUCAUCGAUCAUCUUCGCGUAAGCUUUCCAGACGAACCCCUGAAUGCUGCCGUAGGGCUCGCCCUACAUGGAAUCCCAUGCCCUUUACUGGAACACCACGAGCUCAAAACCUUGGAAGAUGGAAUGUCUUUGAUGGCUGUGGAUAGAAAUAUGGAGAAGAUUGCCGGGGUUGCUCUCAACGGGGUAUCAAAUAAAGGCGAUACCGAAAAAUCCAUAGAAGAAACGAACGCCAUCGAAAACUUACAAUAUCGACGAAUUUUCGGAUUACUUAACGACGUUAAUAUGGAACUGGACCUGUUUUCAAAAUACAACGUGGAUAAAAUAUUCGAUAUUAGAAUAUUGUCGGUGGAUUCCAAUUAUCGCGGAAAGGGAAUCGCCAAGGAUUUAUUUAUGCAUAGCGAAGCUAUUGCUAGAAAAAACGGAUUUAAACUAAUGAAAACAGAUGCAACAAGUCUAUUUACUCAAAGAGUAGCGGAAAGUCAGGGAUUCUGGGUGGAAAAGUCAGUUAAUUACCACGAUUACAUGGAUGAAAAUGGAAAGAAAAUUUACGACACCCAGCCGCCGCACUUAGAUUACAAAGUAAUGGCAAAACUUUUAGAUUAAAUAUCUCAUUAAUAUUUAGUUUUAAAUUAGUUCUAAGAGUAAAAUUUUUUUUUUCAAUAUUUUAUAGAAGAUUUUUGUUUUUAGUCCAUGGUUUAAUAAUUAAUUGCAGUUAUAUAGUAUUAUUUUAAAAAUAUUAUAUUAGUUAUUUUAGAUUUAUAAAGUCAAAAAGUUUUAUUUUUUUAAUAAAAGCUUUGGUCAAAUAACUAUUGGUUUUUAGAAUUUCGAGAAAAUCAUGAGUUAAAAAAAUUUGGGUUGUUAAAAAAAAUAAAACUUUUUGUAAAAAAUGUUGAUGCUGCCACUGCCAUGCAGAAUUACACAUUUUUAUAAUCUUACUUUAGGUGACUAACUACAAAUAGGAAUUGUGCCUAUGAAACUGACAUUUACUGCGUAUUAGUAUUUUAGCAAAUAAGUUCAGGUCUUGUGUAUUUUUCUUUAUAUACAUUUAAUAAUCUUGUUGCUCCCAUAUUUCAGAUCUUCCAGCCAAAAAACUACAUCAUUUUAGCUUCUCCACGGGCAAGGAUAUGUCCUGUAGAGCUUCCUCCAAUAUUUAAAUAUUUUUUUUUAUUAUCACACUGUUUUUACUUAAGUGCAGUAAAAAGGAGCUAGAUCAAGUAGUUUUAGAGGCCAGUGCUAGGGAUUCAAGACUUGAAACUAUUCAACUUAAAAGAUCCUGUAUAGCCACAGCUCCAGCGAGGUUACCUUGAUCGGGUUGUUUUGGAGGCCAGUGGUAAGAAGCCAAGGCCUAUCUUUUUAUAAUUCAGAUAAUCUGUUGGAUAAUCUGAUUUAGUUAAAUUAGGGUUUCUAAACUGACACCUCAUAAAACCAUGUUUCUGUUAUUAAAUAAAAAAUUUCUAGACAGGUCUUUUAUAGCAAUGUUUGCCUCUUCUAUAUCAAUAAUUUCGCUUCUGAUUUUGACUUCCAUGAGAAAUUUCCAGGUUUAAUAAAAUUUUUCCCAAAAGUGUCGAGUUUUCUUAAGAAAUCUCUCUCGUUGACUCCCAAAUCAUUAAAACUCCUUUUGAGAAUUAUCUUCUUUUUACCUCUAUCAGACUUCAAACUACCAUGUACUAAAUCUAAUUUUUCUAAAUUUGACUUUAUUAUUGGGAAAUUAUUUUUCUGUUCUAUUUAUUGGAUAAAAGCCUAUGAGGUUUUUUUCCAAUUCUUUAAAAAAUAACAGGUUCUUUUAUCUUAAACGGACUUCCAACAGCACACCAAGUCCCAAUAAUGUAUUAUCUGAUUUUGACUUGAUUAUAUAAAUAUAAAUUUCAUAUUCCAUUAACUAUAUAGACGCCCGCGAAGGUUUUCCAAAUUGUUUGAAUAAGUAAAAGAAUAAUAAGGAAAAAUAUCUUUUUUCACCUCUAUCAAACUCCCAUACUGAAUCUUAAUCGUUUUUUUUCCUGAUUUGAACUUGAUCAUGGAAAAAAAUAGGUAAUUUUAGACUGUAUGACAAACAUUUUUUUUCAAAAUCUAUCGGACUUCCAACUACCAUACUAAAUCCUCAUAUUUAAAAAAAUGAAUGCUGCCAAGACUGCAUUCUUUGAAACCUGUAAACUUUUUUUAAGCCAUUUGAAGAAUAAUGACAAAAAAUAUCUUCAUUCGACCUCAAUCGGAUUUCCAACUCUUACACUGCAUCCCAAUGAUUUUUCUUCAGAUUACGAAAAAUGUUUCCUUCCUAGACGUUAGGAUUAUAACAAGACAUAUGUUCCUCUACUCUAUCAAACUUCCUCAGAGGUCCGUCAGACUCACACACUGAGAAGAAACUGAUAACUGAUGGACUCGUGGGCAGUGUUUAUAUACAGACGAUGGUGGGGGUAAUCGAUGGGAGGGAGGCGUCGCAGUAGGCUGCGCUGUGAUAGUACUCGAGGUAAAUGGACGGAGCUCCUUUAGUUCUUUCCACUAAAUUUGUUCCUGUAUUUUCUACAUAUAUUUACACAAAAUUGUUAAUUUAAAUUAAAUAAGAGAAAAAUAGACAGUAGUCACUUUGUGAUAACUAUGUUGUGAACUAUAUUAGGUGACUACUGUAUGUUUAAGAGUUUGUAAAUAUCAUUUCCAAUUGUGGAAAUUGUUUUAUUUUAGUGUCGUAGGUGUGUAUUAAAUGUUAAUUUGACGAUCAUAUUAUAUAGGGUGUACAUUUUUUAUAAUGCAGACAUAAAAUAAAUAUUUUAGUA